AUGAAGACAAGCAGAAUAGUUCUACAGAGACAGAACACCGCAAUGCUUACAUGGUCAAAAGAACGAAUAGAAUAGAAUAGAAUAGAAUAGAAAUAGCAGUAUCAAAAGUAGUUCUGUUCACUAUAAUGUGCUCUAAGCACUGUGGCGGAGCCAAAGGGGUGGCCAGGGUGGCACUGGACAGCCCUGUCAUAUGAUUGGCCACCCGGAUGCCAUCCCAAUACUUUAUUCUCUACUUUCAGUUGCUGCUGAUGCAAAUUAACAUCUCAUCGAAAGAAGUUAAUGUCGAAGUUUCAUUAAAGAAGCUAUUUUCAAAUCGAGGACGACCCGAAGACGGGAAAAAGCAAUUUCAAGAUAAAAACAAGAUGAUGAAGCUAUUAGUGCUGUUAGCAGCAGUGGCUUACUGCAAUGCCUGCAGACUGGAAGGUUUCUCUGAAGACACCACUGACAAACCACAAGGUUGUUCUGACUCUGAUGGAAAUCUCCACGAAUUUAACUCUGAAUGGGAGAAUGGACCUGAAACCUGUGUCUGUGUUGAUUUUGGAAUUAUCUGUUGUGAAAGGUCAUGGGAACAAUUUGAUAACAGCGUCCCACCAGAACCCCCCACCACCCCUCAGAUCAUUGCUGAUGAUUAUGAAGACUUAUAUGGACAUCCAAAACAAUCCAAUGAAGAGCAAGACUCACAAGAAGUCCCCAGUGAGCCAAAUGAAGCUGAACCUGAACCAGAAGCUGAACCUGAACCAGAAGCUGAACCUGAAGGAGAACCUGAAGCAGAAGCUGAACCAGAAGCAGAACCUGAAGAAGAAGCAGAACCUGAAGAAGAAGCAGAUCCUGAAGAAGAACCUGAAGCAGAAGCUGAACCUGAAGGAGAACCUGAAGAAGAAGCAGAACCUGAAGAAGCAGAACCUGAAGAAGAAGCAGAACCUGAAGCAGAAGCUGAACCUGAAGAAGAAGCAGAAGCUGAACCUGAAGAAGAAGCAGAAGCUGAACCUGAAGCUGAACCUGCAGAUAACUCUCAGGAAGCAGCUGAGGACAAUGAAUAAUCUGAAAAAUCCUGAACAGGAAAAACUCUUAUAAAAUACAGUACAAGGUUACAUUAUGUUGAAUGAGCUGAUACAUAAAGCAUUAUAAAUAAAACAAACAUACCU